UCGAUAAGAGACAGUCAAUAACAACAACACAGGAAAAAAAUGGUCGUCUCUUUUGGUCUGCCAUUAGUUAGUCUUCGUCUUCCUCUUCAUCUUCUUCUUCUGUAUUCUUCACUGUUGUUGUUGUUGUUGUUGUCCUCAACUGUCGGCUGUUUUCAACUAAAACUAAUCGAAACUCUACUACCCGUUGAUGGCCAAUGUUGGUCACUGGUUUCUACCGAAUCGGCUAAUUGUUAUCAAAAAUAUUUGUCCCGAUUUGAUGGAAUUCGUUCCGAAGAAUACGAUAGUCUACCGCAACACGAAAGCGAACAAUACAAACAACACGUCUGCUGCAACAUCUGGCGCUACUGUGACUGUUUAGCCGAAGCCGUAGCCGCAGAUUGUCCGCCGACCGCUGGUGACCAGCGACGUAUUGGCGACUAUGUCCGACGUCAGGACAACCCGCUGGCUAUCUAUUGUUCCGAUUUCCCGUACCAUACGUAUAGGUGCUGGCGAUUCCCGCUCUGGGCCAUCGUAUUGGUGGCCAUUGUCGCAGUGGUCGUACUGAUUGGCGUCGGCAUUGGUGUCUGGUUUUGGCGUCAAAAGCGUAUCACUUAUUGGCGUUUUCGCCGAAAAUACUGAUUCAGUGACAAUAAAUCCCGUGAUUUCGUGAUUACCGAUCAGUUUUUUUACUCAAA